AACCUCUAUGUAUAUUUUCUUGCAGUAUUAUCAGAAAACCCUCCUAGUUUCACCAUUACUGUGACAUCCGAGGCUGGAGAAAAUGAUGAAACUGUCCAGACUACCCUCAAGUUUACAUACAGUGAGAAAUACCCAGAUGAAGCCCCCCUUUAUGAAAUAUUCUCCCAGGAAAAUCUAGAAGAUAAUGAUGUCACAAGCAUCUUAAAAUUAUUAGCAUUACAGGCAGAAGAAAACCUUGGUAUGGUGAUGAUCUUUACUUUGGUAACAGCUGUCCAAGAAAAAUUAAAUGAAAUAGUGGAUCAAAUAAAAACUAGAAGAGAAGAAGAAAAAAAACAAAAAGAAAAAGAAGCAGAAGAAGCCGAAAAGCAAUUAUUUCAUGGCACUCCUGUUACAAUUGAGAAUUUCUUAAGUUGGAAAGCCAAGUUUGAUGCAGAACUCUUGGAAAUUAAAAAGAAACGAAUGAAAGAAGAAGAACAAGCAGGAAAAAAUAAAUUAAGUGGGAAACAGCUAUUUGAAACAGAUCAUAAUCUUGAUACAUCUGAUAUCCAGUUCUUGGAGGAUGCUGGAAACAAUGUGGAGGUAGAUGAGUCUUUGUUCCAGGAAAUGGAUGACUUGGAGCUGGAGGAUGACGAGGAUGAUCCAGACUACAAUCCUGCUGACCCAGAGAGCGACUUGACCGAUUGAUGGACCAUCCCCGUCUGCCAAGGCUUGACUGCCACAGCAUCUGUGGUUAUGCCAAGAGGGUGUUGAUUUUCCUUCCUUUUUUUCUAAGAAAAAAAACAAUUUUCAGGAGAAUAUUCUUCUGAAAGCUUUCAUCAAUGAACUAAUAAACUGACCUUAAAAUUUCAAAUAUAAAA